GAACUCUAUUGUCUAGAAUCGGAAAUACGUUAAAAAAAUAUCUGCGUUCGUGUGUUGUCGAAUAUAUUUUUCUUAGCACAUUUUGUACACGAAAUAUACAACCAUGGCUAUGCAAGCAGCUAAACGAGCUAAUAUUCGAUUACCACCUGAAGUCAACAGAAUACUCUACAUUAGAAAUCUACCAUACAAGAUCACAGCUGAGGAAAUGUACGACAUCUUUGGAAAGUAUGGACCAAUACGGCAGAUUCGAACUGGAAACACACCGGAAUCAAGAGGGACAGCUUAUGUGGUCUACGAGGACAUCUUUGAUGCCAAGAACGCCUGCGAUCACCUUUCUGGAUUCAACGUCUGCAACAGAUAUCUUGUAGUUUUAUACUACAAUGCAAACAGGGCUUUCCAGAAGAUGGACACCAAGAAGAAAGAGGAGCAGCUGAAGCUUCUGAAGGAGAAAUAUGGCAUAAACACAGAUCCCCCAAAAUAGUCUCCCCUCUUCCCCCUUUGGCACAGAAUGUGCAUUUAGACAUCUGUACAAAUUCGCCUCUUGCUUGUUGUAAGCCAAUAAUGUUUGCUUGUAGGACUCUUGUCUCCUGAAAUGCUUUUUAUUUUAAUUUGCUUUUCAAUUCUAAAUAAUUUGUACAUCUUAAUUUGUCCAAUUGCUAAAGUUAACUGAUUUAUGUUUUGUAAUUGGGUACUAUCUUGGUUAUCAAGUAUAUUAGGGUGCAUUUUGGGGGGGGGGUGCAUUUUACAGGCUUUGACAGUCUUUUUGUUUAAUUUCAGUUUUGGUAUGUCUCUUUGGUGUGCAUUUUGAACACAUACAAUCUCUGUGGAAAAAAUCUUCUGCAGUUUGAUGUAAACAUAUUCAUACAGAUUCACUUGCGUUUUUAGAUUCUGUCAAAUAAAUUGGUAUUUUCUGUAAAAUAA